GGACAACCAAUGUUCAUCUUGUACCUCCAGCUGCUGCGAUAUAAAAGCUCUUCUCUCUCAUAGCUCUUCCAAACACUUCCCUUGACUUCUUGGUGACUUGGCUUACCUCCAUCCUUGCAAGAUGUCUUUCUACGACCUGUGUUCCACCUCUGUCUGUGGCGUCAACCGCCCCCAGCCCCUCGCUGACAGCUGCAAUGAGCCGUGCGUCCGUCAGUGCCCUGACUCCACGACUGUGAUCCAGCCACCCCCUGUUGUCGUCACAUUCCCCGGCCCCAUCCUCAGCUCCUUCCCACAGGAUUCGGCUGUGGGAUCCUCUGGAGCACCCAUCCUGGGGGGCUACGGGGGCUACGGCUCCCUGGGCUAUGGGGGCCUGUAUGGCUACAGGGGCUAUGGCUCCCAGGGCUAUGGGGGUCUGUAUGGCUAUGGGGGCUAUGGCUCCCUGGGCUAUAGGGGUCUGUAUGGUUAUGGAGGCUAUGGCUCCCUAGGCUGUGGGGGCCUGUAUGGCUACGGAGGCUCUCUUGGUUACGGGGGUCUGUAUGGCUAUGGUAGACCCUAUGGUUCUGGCUAUUGCAGCCCUUACUCCUCCUGGUCCAACAGGUACAGCCGUGGCCACUGCAGGCCCUGCUAAAUCCUACAGAAAUACCCCCUGAGUAAGGAAUAACCAGCAACUGAGAGAUACAAUCUUGAUCCACAGCAGUGAUCCCAAGGGAGCUGUUGUGAAGUCCUGAUCACUGCCACCCCACUGCAACAGAGCCGGGACCACACUGCACAUCCUUAAUUUCUUCACCCUCUACUCAUGGUCUUUUCCAUUUAUGUGUAUAAUGGGUAGGAUAAAACAAGUAAUUUAUAUUCUUAUAAAAUGGCACUUCACUGUCCAACUGAAGAACAAUUACAGAAGGAACUGCCUCCACUCUGAUGCAUAUUCUUGAUAUUCUACAAUGCUUUUCUGUGAAUGUUUAUUUCUCAUUAAAGUGAUUCUACUCUGCA